AUGGAUAUAAGAAACCAAACCACCUUGGUGGAGUUCAUCAUCCUGGGGAUCAGCCUUCCACAAGUGCAACUCUUGCUUUUCAGUGCCUUUUUGUUUGCUUACCUCUUCACACUCCUGGGGAACAUCUUCAUUAUCACUAUUACCUUGCUGGAAGAAAAACUUCAUACCCCCAUGUAUUUUUUCCUUGGCAACCUUGCUUUCCUGGAUAUCUGCUAUACCACCACCACCAUCCCUCAAAUGUUGGUUCACCUCCUCUCAAAAAGGACCAACAUUUCUUACAUGGGCUGUGUGAUGCAGCUCUACUUUUUCUUCUCCUUUGUGGGCACAGAAUGCCUCCUGCUGGCAGCAAUGGCUUUCGAUCGCUAUGUUGCAAUUUGCAACCCGCUACGUUACACCGUAGUUGUCAGCAAAAGCAUUUGCUUCCAGCUGGCAGCUGCUUCCUGGUUAAGUGGUUUCCUGAACUCUGCAGUACACACCACCUUUGCCUUCCAGCUACCCUUCUGUGGGAACAACCGCUUGGACUACUUCUACUGCGAUAUCCCACCACUGCUUGAGCUGUCAUGUGGGGACACCUCUCUCAACAAAAUCCUGCUCCUCACCAUUGGUCUCUUCAUUGCCUGGACACCCUUUUUCUGCAUCCUUCUGUCAUACACAUAUAUCCUCUCAACUGUACUGAAAAUCCCUUCCUCCCAAGGGAAGAGGAGAGCAUUCUCCACCUGUUCCUCCCAUCUCACUGUAGUCAUCCUCUACUAUGUAAGUUGUAUUUUCACCUACCUAAGACCCAGUUCAAGCUACACACCCAGUACUGCCAGGGUAGUCUCAGCAUUAUAUAGUAUCUUGACACCAAUGUUAAACCCCAUCAUUUAUACUCUGCGGAACAAAGAUGUAAAGACAGCUUUGAGAAAUGUGCUGGAGAGCAUGUGA